AUUUUACCGGGUUUUGUAAGAAGUUGAAGAAUUUUGUCUUAAAAUUUAAGAGUUUUCAAUAACGUUUACAUGCGAACACUAUGGCCAAACGCUUCCAGCCAUUCAAGGAAUUCGGGCGUAGCACGAAGAAACCAAAAUUGGAUGUAAGUGUAAACAAAGGUCGUCCUUUGGGGCCUAGUCAGUCUUGGCCCAAUCAUAUACUAUCAAAUGGUGCUGCCGUGAGGCGAGUCGAAAGUCCAGUACGCAAUAAUGUCAAUAAUAAUAACUUGUGGGAUGAUGACGAUGACGACGUUAUCUUGCUUGCCACUCAAGUAGCCGAAUCCCAAGUGGCAAUUAAGAGUGCAGCAAAUUUUACUGAAAGCGAUAUUACGUUUAGUGAGUUUGCCCCACAUGUUCAUGCCACAACAAGCACACAACGCAUGACAACAACAAGCGUUGCAGUGAAAGCUAUAAACAGUGCACCACCGACGAUAGAAAAGCACAACCUUUCCGAAUUAUUUGCUGAUGAUGAUGACUUCGCUGAGCUAAUAGACGGAGCUACAAAUGGUAAAGAGAAAAACUCAAACCACGCCCAAAAUUACGGGGCAGAGAAUGUUUUCAAAAAACCUGUAACUCCCUUAAAUGGUAUGAAUUGGCAAAUCUCUGAAACUCAAAACGCAGCAGCGAGACGUCAAGUCGCAACAGAACGGCAAGUAAAAGUGCUUACGGAGCGCUUGGAUGCUUUGAAAGCAGAAAACACGAAGCUAACAAAGGAUCUCAGUGAAUCAAAGGCUAAAAUCGAAAGCAAAGAAGGAGAGUCUUCGCUGUUACGCGAUGAGCUGCGCCACAUGAAACAACAGCUGCAAACACUCAAAAUGGAUAAAAUUAUGAGCGCAGAAGCAGCAAAAACGGAGUGCAAAACCAAAAUAGCUGAACUAACAAAACGAGUAGAAGCGAAGGAGUCGGAAUUAAAGUUGCGUAAUGUCGAGUACUCCGUACUUAAAAUGCGACAUGCAGAUGAGACGCAACGUCUUGAAAUGAGCAUACGGAGUGCAAACGUACCAACCGGCGACGUGCCCAUGAAUGAAGAUGUUGUUGUGGAGAAUUCACAAAACUCUCAAAGCACUCGAACACUAUUUCGCUUGCGUAAUCUGCCUUUGACCACAGCACUAGGCGAUAUCUGCAAUUCCCGCUUAACCGAAUUCAAUGCAAAUGCUUACGAACGCGCAGAAGCAAGUGACGAUAUAAAACGGCAGCAUACACCAUUUCAGUUGGAGUUGGCUUACGCGCAAACACUCUUGGCGCAGUUACACUUGCAACGGCAAAAAAGAUGUUGGUCGUCAACUGAAGCACAAGCUUUCAAUGAGCGCGCACUCAAAUCCGCAAACAGUGCGUUGCCCGAAUUUUGGACUUAUGUGCACGGGCUAGAAUUUCCCAAACACUGCAAUGUGCAUCCCUAUCAUGAUUACGAUUUACGUAAUGAUGAUUAUGCAAAACAAAAACGCAAUUUACACUCAGUGCAACAAUUAUACGCAGAUGAGCGCGCGAUUAGCUUGCGUCGUUACACUGCUGCGUUGAGUGUGAUGUGUGCGCGUGCGCCGAAUUUCGCACAACAGUUGCUGGCACAACAACAUGGCGACUGCGCAUUGCUGGAGGUGGCAUGCCAUGCCAUCUCCAAAUUAGGUUACUCAAGUGAGCUUUGUGCGCAUUUUGGUGCGCUCGAAGCUUUCGCUGUACUUUUGCGCGUGCUGCUGCGACAGAUGCGCGCUAAUGACAUCGAUCACAGCGAAAUACUGGUAGGCGGACUAUUAAAACAAUUGAUAUUUGUUCGUCCCAGUGCGUGGAUAUUUCGUGAAAUAUCCUAUUGUGUGUUGGAAUUAACACGUCUCCCAACAGCUUUAGAACUAUUGUGCGUAAACAGCGACGGAAGCGCAUUCUAUAGUGAUCGCAUGCGCUCGCUAUAUCGCUACUCAAACGAUUCGUGUAUACUGCAAGUAUAUGCAGGACUGCUGGAGAUUACAUUUCCAUUGAAUGGUGUGUUGAGUGAAACGCAUCUGCGUUUGCUUGCUGUGAUUUGCGAGAAUCAUGUGCGUUUCGCACACUACUGCUUCAUGAAGCCGCCUAAUUUCAUACAUAAAUUACUGCCUUCCUACGAUGAUGAUGAUGAUGACGACGACGAUGAGGAUGAUGGUAAAAAGGUGGAGGAGCAGCCCGUUUUUGUAGGACAAGAACAAAGCAGUGGCGCUUUAACAGGUACAACAAACACCAUUGAUGCAAGUUCAACAACAGAUUGCUCAAACACGAACGUGGCACAGAAAAAAUCUACUAACAGCAAUGCAGCAGCACAAUGUGAAUGCUAUACGAAGCUGUGCCUGAGCGUGGUGACGUUACUUUUUCAGUUGUUGCGUCAGUGGCAGUGUAUGGAAUGCAAAAUUGAAACACCACGCGUAGCUGAGAUUUCACAAAUAUCCGUGCAGUUGUUGCACACAAUAUUCUGUGACAACUACUCAACGCGGCUAUUUCGUUAUGCGGAAGAGACCACCAAACAUUACCUUUGGCUGAUAUGCGAAUGGUGGUCGGAUAAUGCUAAACAUCUUAAAUUCAACAGUGUACAAAAUAAUUUCCUCAGAAAAUUACGUGCCUUCCAUAUUAUGCCCAAACCACUGUAUGAGGAAGGCAAUCCUGCCAAUGUAUUGAACGAUCGAAAUGAAUGGCAUUCCCUUACCAAUGACCCUAGUGCAAAGAUCAACGUUGCCUCUGCAAAUCUAGCAUCAGCUGUGGAAAAAUUAAAUAUAAUGCAAAGUGCUGGUGAUGAGUCGAAAUUCUUCGAAGGUCUGAAAGGUUAUGCCUUUAAUUUUGAGUGAUGGUAGAGAGCUUAUUGUCAGCCUUGCUGUCGUUUAUAUCCCCAUUAUUAAGUGCCACAUAAAGAUAAUAUAUAUAAAUAUAGAUUUUGUUGUUUGAUUAAUGAAGUUAAAUGAAUUAAAAGACGCACUAAAUUUUUAUUAGUGCGUGCUAUUGAAGCUAUCAACUGUAUUUGUUACGUAAUUUACAUUUAAAAAAUUUACACUUGUAACGCUCUACUGUUGUCUUACUAAAUAAAUAGCCUACAAUGUAUGUUGUAAAAUUACACGAAAUAAAAUAGCACAAAAAUAUAAUUAAUGCA